CUUUCUCCUCAGACAGGAAGCCACGCCCCUUUGUAGAGACUGUGUGUGUGCUGCUGUGGUAGGUUAACAAGGAUGCGUGUGUGGGAGGGGAGAGGAAGCUAUCAUUGGCUGAACUGUGUGUGGACUCUGGUCUCAGACUGUUGGAAGACAAGGGCAUUACGGUUCACUUUAGUACACAUAAAGCCAUGGACUCAACCUUGACGGUCCCGGUGGUGUUGGCGGUGUCUGUAGUGGUCGUAACAAUGCUGUACUUCCUUCUUGGAAACUCUGCAGAAGGGAAAGGGAAGGGCCCUGUAACCCUGAAGGAUCCUACUAUCAAAUACUCACUACCACUCGUUAGCAAACAGAAAAUCAGUCAUGACACAAAGAAAUUCCGGUUUGGCCUUCCAUCUGAGUCUCAUAUCCUUGGACUGCCAGUAGGUCAGCAUGUUUACCUGUCGGCCAAGGUAAAAGGCAACCUGGUUGUCAAGCCUUACACUCCAGUGUCCAGCGAUGAAGACCAGGGAUUUGUUGACCUUGUGGUUAAGAUAUACUACAAAGGGACCCACCCAGACUACCCAGAUGGGGGUCAGAUGUCUCAGUACCUGGACAACAUGGCCAUUGGAGACUCUAUUGACUUCAGGGGACCCAACGGACUUCUCAUCUACAAAGGCAAAGGAAUGUUUUCUAUCCGAGCCAACAAGAAGACGGAGCCACUUGUUCAGAAGUUUAAACAUGUUGGAAUGAUCGCUGGUGGAACAGGUAUCACCCCAAUGCUGCAGUUGAUCCGACGGAUCACGUCAGAUCCUUCCGACAACACCAAGUGCUCUCUCAUAUUUGCCAACCAGACUGAGAAAGAUAUUUUACUGUGGGAUGAGCUGAAGGAUGUGCAGAAGAAUCACCCUGAGAAGGUCAAAGUCUGGUACACUUUGGACAAGCCUUCGAAAGACUGGAACUACAGUUCAGGGUAUGUGACCCUUGAGAUGAUCCAAGAUCACAUCCCUGCUGCGUCCAGAGAUGUACUGAUUGUCCUCUGCGGACCUGCACCGAUGAUCCGUAAUGCUUGUCUGCCAAAUCUGGAAAAACUGGGACACACAAAAGAAAAUAUCUUUGCAUACUAGACAUGUUCAACAAAUGGUUAUUGUUUAGGUUUUUUUUAAAAGGUAAAAAAAAAAUUAAAAAAAAUCUUAGCAUGCAAUUUUAUUAAACGCUUAACAACCACCUAAUCCAAGAGAGAUUUAAAAUAAAGUGUUGUCACACUUCA